UCACUCUCUCACUCUCUCACUCUGUCUUACCCGGUAAAUCUGCAACUCCAGUCCAUCGAAGAGGAAGGGAUCAAGAGAGUGCCAAAGAAAGAAAAAAAUGGGGAAGCUUCUCUGCGAUACGACGGCGAUUGCUGAGACUUUCCAAGCUUCACCACCGCAACUCCCUUGGAGAGAUCCGACCUCUGCAGUUUCUUUCGACACCUCCAAACCCUCCGAUCUCACGGAGGCAAACACCUGGGACACCGUCACCGGUUUAGAAGAGCAGCAAAAGCGCUACUUGCGGAGGCUCCAUGCCAAGGGAGUUCUUUGGAAACAACCGGACACUCAUUCCUCCCCUGAAUUGUCCAUCAUUUUCCGCUUAUCCCAUGGAGGAGACGUUGAAGCCGACGGAAACUGCCUUUUCACGGCGUCCCAGAAGGCCAUGGGAUCUGCCGUCGAUGCCAGAGAGCUCAGACAUCGAACGGUCAGAAGGUUCCUGGAUGAUCUCGAAUCAGACGGCGCUUUGCAAAGGGACUCCAUUGAUGCUGCCAUCAAGCAUCUCUACUCUCCCGAUUUGAAUGCUGGUUGGGGGAUACAUGUUGUUCAGGAGCUCAAAUUGUUGGCCAAGAAGGAAGAUCGAGUGGCUCUUGAUGUAGCGAUCAACGAGCUUGUCGAUCUUGGAAUGCUGAGGGAAUUGGCUGCGGAGUCUAUAUAUAAAGAGAGAUGCAUUCCAGUGGAUGAUGCCCCGAGUUGGGCCAAAUACAUGUCUAUCUCUGGUACUCCUGAUGAUGAAUUUGAUGUCGUCACAUUGCAAUAUACUGAGGAGGGGUUGUUAACUGUAGAUGAGAACAGAGAAGGACGUGCGGCUGCUUUUGGAGAUGACAUUGCAAUAGAGAGUUUGGCAAAUGAGUUCAAGAGGGAGAUUUAUGUGGUUCAAGCCCAUGGAUCAGAUGGAAUGGUUGAUGAAGAAAAUUGCGUUUUCUUCCUUCCUCAUCGCCCGAGGGGUCAAAUUUGUGAUCCUCCAUUUUUUCUCUUCAUGAAAGGGACAGGUUGGUGUGGUGCCGGAGCUGAUCACUAUGAACCCUUGAUAGCAUAUCCAGCCCCAUGUAUUUCCCAGGAGAAGGCUGCUGUUGUACUUUGAGGAAGCCUGCCAUCUUGGAGUGUUCUGUUGGUCAAGGUUAUAAUAGAGCAAGGGUUUUCUUUCUCCAUUUUGUUUCUGAUAUUCUCUCUUUGCCUCCCCACAACCCCUGUGGGAACAUUUGACCUGCAAAUGAGUCUUCAUCUGUUCAUCAUUCUUUCCUCAGAUGCAAGGGAGUUUCCACUGCAUUCUUUUCCAUUUUAACAUGUAGUUUCUGUUAAUCAUCGCCUCUAACCUGCAGGUUAUGGGCCCUGCUCUUUAGACCCCAUGUACUGGUACAUUCCUAGUUGUUUUGCCAGCCCCUGUUGUUUGUUGAGUUUCUUGAGGUUUUAGAGCUGAUCCCAUAUCUGUACCGUAUUUUUGGAGCAUUCUGGAUUGCCCCUGUUUUGUGAGGGAAAUGUAUUUUGGUUGAUGUUAAUUCUAUGAAAUGAGAGAAGUGUAUUUUUCUAUUAGCUAA